CCUCGCUACGCUCGGCAAUUACUUCUCAGAACUGUAAGAGGUUGCUGGACUCAAGACUGCCGCUGCAGAAACGACUUUUUGUUUGAUACUAAGGGUCACUACAUACUGAGAGAAGCAUAGAUGGCUACAUCAAUUGACUUAAGCUUGACAGUCGUAAACAACGUAAGUGGUGGAGAAGUGGAACAUUUCAUCUUCUAUCACGAGUCACCAAACUCGAAACCCAACGCUGAUGUGCUUGUGUGGCAUACAUUAAAUGUUCAAACUGGAACAAGAAAAUCCUUUCCUGUUGCUUUUGACACAGAGUACACAGCGUCGGUGUUUCAUGAUGAUGAUGCCAUUGAGACAUCCCAAUCAAUUAGUGCAAACAAUGGUGAGGAGCUGAUUGUCACGAAACACGUCAAGAGUGAUGCUCCAAUAUUGAGAAAAGGUCUGACAACAAACCCAUUCGCUACCUAUGUUACUGUACGGAAUGAAUAUGAAGGAAUCAAGUCGGUCAUAGUUCAAGCAGAAAAGAAUGAUAAACCUCUUGUUCAGCAGACACUAAUAGAGCUGCAUGACUGCGCACAGUUUCAAAUUGGCUCAUUUAUCCACAUGGCUUGGAACUCUGAUCUGAAAGAAGGCAAUUUUUUCAAGAGGGAAACAUACUCAAGUAGCUCCCAGAAAAUUGAUCUAAUAGAUCCAAAAACCAAAUUGCCAGCGACAAACAUUAUUGUGACUGUCACCAACAAUGAAAAUGGUAUCGAAAUGGAAAUCGACUACCCAAGCAGCAAUUAACAUGUAGAAGGUUGGUAUAAACGUGCUACAAUUGGAGACAAACUGAAUGAUCAGCAUAAUUUAUCAAAGUCUGUUCCAGAAUUGAAGUCAAAUGGAAGUUGGCAGUUGAUGAGUCAGAGUAAAGAAUUAUGGAACUUGCAUAUGAGCGUAUAUGUACUUCUGACAACAUCGACAAUGAGAUAGAGGGUGCAGCAAUUAUAUAAAAAAUACCGGUAGUUGUUUAGUUUGUGCAGGCAAACACACUGUACAGGUACUGUCCUUGUAAUUUAGACUCUAGUUUUAGUCAUCAAACUGUCUCACUGUUGUUAUUACUGUUGUUAUUACUGUCUACCAAACAUUCUUGGUACAUUUUCAUCAUACAUUUUUCCAUCUGCUAAGGUAAAUGUAUUGUUUCCCAUAUUUAUAAAUAGGAGUUUGGUAUUGUUGCCCGCACCUGCACCAAUACCUGAGCAAAGCUGCUGCAGGUACAAGGUACAUGUCAGGCAUUGUAUGUUU